AUGGCGGCUGCGACGCUGGGGGGUGUCACGCCAGGCAUGGGGGGCAUGCAGCCGUCAGCGCAGGCGCCGAUGCCGCGGCUGCACAUGGCGCAGCCGCAACCGCACGUGCCGCAGCCGCAAACGCAGCCGCUUCCGCAGCAGCAGCAGGUGGCGGGGCAGAAGAAGCGCGGGGCGGUGAAGCAACUUGUGGUGGUGGUGGAGGGCACGGCGAGCAUGGGGCCGUCGUGGGCGCUGCUGAGACGCCUCUACCUCCACCCGCUGCUCAAGUGCGUCGUGCGUGCGCCCUCCCACUUGGCUCUCGGCUUCACUUCCGUGCUGCUCAUGCGUGCCCCAUCCACUCACCCCUCUCGUCCUGCUCUCUCGUCUUUUUCCCUUCAAUUCCCGCUCUACUCAUCGCAUCCCUGUCCUGUAUUCUCCCCGUUCCCCUCCGUGCUUCGCCCUCCUCUUUCUUCCCUACCCCCCCCUGCCCUCCGCCCCCUUUCCCUCCGUCUGCCACCCCUCCUGCCCUCCGCCCCCUUUCCCUCCGCCCCUCUGCCAUCCCCCCUGCCCUCCGCCUCCUUUCCCUCCGCCCCUCUGCCACCACCCCUGCCCUCCGCCCCCUUUCCCUCCGCCUCUCUGCCACCCCCCCGGCCCUCCGCCCCCUUUCCCUCCGCCCCUCUGCCACCCCCCCUGCCCUCCGCCCCCUUUCCCUCCGCCCCUCUGCCACCCCCCCUGCCCUCCGCCCCCGCGCAUGCCGUGCUCGCCAGGGCCUUCUGCGGCGUCGACUCUCUCACACAGAGGGCGGGCUCAGCAGCGGUGGAGCUGGCUCUCGUCGUCUACCACUCGCACGGCUCCUUCUCAGCCUCGCUGCUGCAGCAGACGCCCUUCACGGCAUCACCUGCCGUCUUCCUCUCGUGGCUCGACACGCUCUCCUUCUCGGGGGGCGGCGCUGCUGAUGCUGCCGUUGCUGAGGGCCUCUCAGAGGCGCUGCUGAUGCUGUGCCCCACAGCAGCCCCAACUGCCACCCCACCAGCGGGCCUGGAGCGCCACAAGCACGUGGUGCUCGUCGCUGCCUCGCCGCCCCACCGCCUGUCCACCCCCGUCGUCAAGCCGCCCCUGCCCACCGCCCCAUGUGCUGCUGAUGGGUGUGCGACGGCAGCAGGGGCUGGUGCGGGUGGGGGUGCCAGUGGUGGGCCCAGCGGGGGCGCGCACACAUGGGAGGCAGCAGCGUGGUGGGUGGCGUCCGCCCCCUUGGUGGCCUCGCUCUUCGCCCACCCCCAGCUCUAUGUCACGCUCUCUCUCAUCGCCCCUCGCAACGUUCCUCAACUGAGACAGCUAUACGUUGCGGCAAAGCGCAGCCCUAGGGCGGCGGAACCUUCGGCGGACGCAGCCCGGCAGCACCCCCACCACGUGGCACUCAUUGCUGAGGGCUUCCUGGAGGCACGCACCGUGCUGCACCGCGCUCCACCACCCAAUGAGGGCCCGCCACGUGGCGCACAGGCGGUGGGCCCCUCUCCUGGUGGAGGAGGAGGAGGAGGGCCUGGGGCGGGGGCUGGUGGUGUGCCUGCGGUGGCGAUGGCGGGUUCAGUAGGGCGACUGCCACAACAACCGGGGCCGCCCAUGGGUCAGCAGGCAAAGCAGGAGCCCGUGUAUCCCGCAGCACCACAACAGCCUCUUGCCAGGCCUGCUGCUCCCUCCCCCUCCCCCUCGCAACCCCUGCGCGCCCACCAGCCCCCUUCUGCUGCGGCAGGGGCUGGGGGCGCUUCUCUGGGCGGGGGGGGUGUGGCGGUGGGGUUGGGGGCAGGGCAACCAGGUGCUACUGCUGGUAUCACCACUGGUGCUGCUGGCGGUGCUGCUUCUGCUGCUCCUGCGGCGGUUGUGGGUGCUGCGGGGAUGGGACCAGCUGGGGGUAGCGCUGCUGCGGGGGGACUGCCUGGUGCUGCUGCAGGCACGGCUGCUGCUGUUGGAGGGGCGGGGCGAGUGGCAAUGGGUGGUGGGGCUGGUGGGGUGGCGGGAGUGGCAGCAGCAGGAGCGAUGCAGCAGCCUGGAGUGCCCCUGCAGGCACAUCAGCAGCAGCAACAGCAGCAACAGCAGCAGCAGCAGCAGCCUUCUCAGAUGGUUGUUGGCCCUGGAGGCCGCAUGAUGCCUCGUGCCGCACCUGUAGGCAUGGCAGCGACAGGAGGAGGAGCAGCAGGAGCACCUGCAGCAGGUAUGGGUGUAGCCAUACCAGCAGCCGUUCCCGGACCUCAGAUGGCGAGGCCUGGAAUGCCCAUACCUGCCGGAGGCCCGGGAGGAGCAGUUGUUGGCAUGGCAGGCCGCGGAGGACCAGGUUUGGCUGCUUCCCAGCCAGGCCUUGCCCGUGGGCUGGCACCAGGUCGGGGAGCAGGCCCGGGAGCAGGUCCGGGAGUAGGCUCGGUAGCAGGUUUUAUGGGGCGCGGAGGUCUGGGAGUGGCAGCAGAGGCGGUGGGGGAGUCAGGGGGGGGUGCAGCAGCAGCAGGCAUGGGUGGGCGUGGGGUGGGCCUGCAGCAGGGCAGGGCGGGGCAGACAGCAGUGGUGGGUGGUGGGGCGGGCAUGGGGAUGGGGAUGGGGGGAGCAGGUGGAGCAGCAGCGGGGCCGAUGGUGGGGGGGCAGGCCGGCAUGGCAAGGCGUGUGGCAGGGGGCGUGCAGCGAGUGGGUGUGGGGCAGGGUGUGCCAGGGCAGGGUGUGCCAGGGCAGGGUGUGCCAGGGCAGCAGGCCACCGCAGCAGGAAUCGCUGCCGGGACAGCAGCAGGUGGGGCAGCAGCAGGCGGGCCAUCAGGUCCCAUGGGAGGAGGAGGAGCAGCAGCAGCAGGGCCUGGGACUGCCAUGGCUGCUCGCCCGCUGCCUCACGCUCCUGCCGCUGCUGCCCCUGCUGCCGCUGUUGCUCCGGGCGCUCCACAACCCACAUCCGCUGCGCCUGCUGCUGCUGCCCCCCCUGCUGCUGCUGCUGCUGCAGGAGCAGGCGGUGUGAGGCCGCCUGGGCAGCCCCCGCGGUACCUCAAGCUGUGGGAGGGAACACUUAUGGGCCAACGCAAGGACAAGUCUGUUGAGAUCUGCCGCAUGGAGGGAUACCACCAGGCAACAUCUCCCCCCAACCUGGCAGCAGAAUGGCCGGACACAAUGCAGAUAGUGCGUCUGGUGUCCCAGGAGUGCAUGAACAACAAGGAGCUGGCAGGCAAGGCGGAGCUUCUGGUGUUCCGCCCCAUGUCAUCACACGUGUUCCUGCAGCAGAUGGCUGAGAAGAAACUCUGCACCGUCAUUCAGCUGCCAUCCCAAACUCUCCUCCUCGGCACCGUACCGGACCGAUCCAGCCGCCUUGUUGGCAUGCUCUUUCCCAAG